UUUUGUUUACCGUAGUUAUUUAUAGUUAUUACGUAUUUUUACUGUAGAGUAUUUUUUCGUUUGUAUUAUAUAUAUUUUAAUUCGUUGGUAGUAUCGUUAUAUUGUUUACAAUUUUUUUUUUUAUUAUUUGACAAGUGACUAUACCGCGAAAUUGCAACUUCAGCAUUUUGUGAGAUGAAACUUGCAUCAGUUAUUUUGUAGAGUAUUUCUUUGAAAUGCCAAAGAAUGAAGUGAAAUCCUCAAGCACAGUUACUUCCAAGUCAUCUGAAAUCACUACUGUUAGUUCUGAUGGAUUGACAUGUGUCACUGAAAAGACUAGGCAUGUUGAAAUAAGGACCCAAAAUUGUGAUGGAGAAGAAAAAGCUAUCGUGGAAGAGCAUGGUGGAUCCAUUUCAGAAAGAUUGGCUGCCCUGCAGCGAUCUGGAUCUGAGAAUUGGAAGAAAAGGUUAGGUGGAAGGCCCCCUAUUCUGCUUAAACCUGAUGGCCCUGUCAUGAGAGUGAAAGAGAGGCCAAGUGGGGAGAGACCCAAAAGUCUGAUGGAUCGCAUAAUGAUGUUGGGAGAAGCCCAAGAUCAGUGGCGCAAUAGAGUGGAGGACAAAGAUGCCAGCCAGUUCACUGUAGCUGGUAAAAUGGUACAAAUGCGGUAUUCCCCUCAAGCUAGCCCAAUUAUUAGUAGGAAGAAAUAUAGCCCAAAACCUGUUCAGAGUAGAAGCAAAACAACCAACAUCCAAGAGCUUUCCAGCUAUCUUAGUCAGAGCACACCUUCUUCUCCUUAUCAUUUAAGUAAAAGCCAGUCUUCCCUGAUUACUACUAGUAGUACAUUAGAACUUGAAAAGGUAACUAAAGUAAAUACAGUUUCAGUUCCUAAAAUUGAUGAUGAAAGCUUCACUGCCUUUUUCAAAUCUGUGAAAGACAGAUUGAACAGAAUAAGUGUCAGCACUUUUGAUAUAUCUGAUGAAGUCUUUGAAUUUAUAUCUUCUGAAACUCAUGAUCUAUUAAGUCAAAGAAAAGAAAAGCUCAAAAUUCAAAGAAAGCAUGCUUCUUCUGGGAAUCCCCUGAGACUUUUGGCUUCACGUUCUGACCUGAAACAAGAUUAUGAAGAAAUUUAUAGAGGAGUUGCUGAGAGAGAAUUAGAAAGAAUGAAAAUUGAAAGAUUGGCCAAAGGUUCUAGCUUAGCUAUGUCUGCAUUAGCUGGCCUAGCAAGCACAGAAGAUUUCAAAAAUGUUGCCUUGAAAAAAGGAUCUCCUGCCAACCCUGUUUCUGAAAACAAAAUUUUUCUUUUACAAAUAAAAGGACGUCGGCGUGCUCAAGUCAGAUUAGUGGAACCCAAAGCAGCCUCUUUGAACCAUGGUGAUAGCUAUGUUCUUGUCACUCCCAAUCAAGUGUACUGUUGGCAUGGAGAAUUCAGUAAUGUUAUUGAGAGAGUGAAGGCUGCAGAAGUUGCAAAUUUAAUUCAAAGCUCGAAAGACUUGGGAUUCAAAGGUCAGUCAGAGGUUAUUAUAAUUGAAGAAGAAAACAGUUCUCAUGAAAAGCUGCAAGAAGAAUUUUUCAAUGCUUUAUCUGUGAAAAAAGAUGAAAUCCGUGCAGCAGGGGCACCAGAUGAAGAUGAACUUUAUGAAAUUGCAAUUGUUAAUACGAAUGCUGUAUACAGACUUGAAGAAAAUGAAUUGAAGCCUUGUGAUGAAUUUUGUGGUGCUGUGCCAAAAAUUGAAAUGUUAAAAUCAGAUAUGAUCUAUGUAUUUGAUUUUGGUGCUGAGAUGUAUGUGUGGUGUGGAAAGCACGCAGGUACUGAACUUCGAAAAACAGCCAUGUCUUUAGCAAAGGAUCUCUGGGAUGAAGGUUACAAUUACUCAGAAUGUGAUAUAAAUCCACUUAAUGCAUUGUUUGAUGGUCCUUUAAAAAGCCAAGACAGUAAGCGUCCUGAUUGGGCUACUUUUAUGAAGACCAGUCAACACAGAGAACCUGUCCUUUUCAAAGAAAAAUUCUUUGACUGGCCAAAUAUCCAUCCUCUUAUUACACAAAAGACUUAUAGUAAUGACAGUAAUAAGGGUAGUAAAUUUCCUACCAGUAUAUCUGAUAUUAAACCUUGUGAUGCCAAAACUAUGCUGGAAAGUGAAGUUGAAGAACCAGAUACUGUUUUGGAGAACAGUCACAUUGGAAGAGGGUUAGAAUAUCAUGAUGAAGAAGAACGGCGUCACUUCCGGAUAACAAGUGUUUCUCAUAAGAUGUGGCACAUUUCAGAACAUGGAUAUGAAGUGAUGCCAGAGGAGAGUUGGGGACAAUUUCAUAAUUGUGAUACAUAUGUUGUGAGAUGGCAGUAUAUGAUUAGUAGCACUGGAAGAACUUUGAAAGGUGGAGCUUCACGGUAUUCCUUUGUCGGUCGCAAACGUUGGGUCUAUUUCUUUUGGCAAGGCAUCAACUCACCUAUCACUGAAAAGGGAGCUUCAGCUUUGAUGACUAUUGAACUGAAUGAAGAAAAAGGCCCUCAUGUUCGAGUGACUUGUGGCAAAGAACCACCAUGCUUCCUCAAUUUAUUUCGUGGGCAGAUGAUUGUGUACAAUUGUCGAAGAGAUGAUGAUACUUCUGACGAAUCAAAUCCUUACAGAUUAUUCAUGUUACGUGGUGAUAUGAAAACAGAAGCUGUGCUUCAAGAAGUGAAGUUGAGUAAAGGAAGUCUGCGAAGUCGAUCCUCUUUUCUCUUCGUCAAUAAAAAAAGUGGGAAACUGCUGAUCUGGCAUGGUUGCAAAUCUGCUGCUCAUACAAGAGAAUUUAUAUUACAUUCUGCUCAAUUAGUUGUAGAUAACUGUCCUAUUGAAAUGAAUUUUGAUGAUGAUGCUGAGCUGAGUCUGUCUGAAAUUGAAGAAGGGUCAGAAUCUGAAGAUUUUUGGGUUUGGUCGAAUGGAAAUGAUGAACCGUAUUAUUCACUUCUGAAAAGUGAACUAUCAUAUGACUUUACUCCUCGAUUAUUUUUAAUUGACAGCAUGUCUGGUAAUAUGUGUGCCAAAGAAAUUGUAUGUCCAUAUUUCACCAAAACACACUGUUGUCCAUUUCCACUUUUGCAAUCAGAUUUAAAGAAUGUAUCACAACCAGCAUUUUUUCUAUUGGAUAACAAUCAUGAAUUGUUCGUGUGGCAAGGUUGGUUACCCAGUGAUGAUCCUGAGAGUGAGAAUAAUUCCACUGGAUCUGCAAAGUUACGAUGGGAAAUCAGUCGCCGCUUGGUUAUGGAGACUGCACUGCAGUAUUGUCAGGGGAAAAAUUCUGACGAAAUUCCAAAAGCAUUUUCUGUUCAUGCUGGUGCUGAACCUCUUUACUUUACAAAUAUUUUCCCCUAUUGGGAAGAAUGGGAUGUUAAAAAUGAUGGAUUAGAUGAAGAAAAUUCCAAAGUAAUGUUUGUUCAAGAAGUCCUGUCCCAGUUAUCCAGAGAUCGAUAUAGUCUCCAGGAACUCCAAACCAAGCCCCGUCCACCUGGUGUAGAUCUACUGCGCUUGGAAUCUUACCUAAAUGAUGAUGAAUUUGAGGAAAUUCUUGGAAUGAAGAAAGAAGAAUUCUAUAACAUGCCAUCUUGGAAACAAUCAGAAUUGAAAAAAUCUAACGGUUUAUUCUGAGCAGCGCUCGCUUGUGUUGUGCCAAUAUGUGCCUUUGAUCUAGAAAUGUAGUUUGGAAACUUGUGCUGUCAGAGGCUUUUUUUAACGUUAAUUGCUUACAUGAGUAUACCUGACUUGGAUAUUAUGUUUUCGUAUAGAUUGAUGAUGAUUUUAAUCUUUUAAACAUUUGUUACGAAUUUUCGGGGAAUCAAUAAUGCCAACAAAUGUUAUGAUAUUUAAUGACGGAAAAAGAUAUUUUUUGAAUUCCAGUAUACUUGACAAGAGCUUUGCAUUUUAAUUAACAGUAUUUAUCCGACUAAAGCAUGUUUAAAGACUAAUUUUGGCAGAUUCUAAUUGUAUACACUUUCUCUCUCUUCCAGUAUAUUGCCAUAUUUUUAACAAUUCGAUGUUUUUUGUGUGUGAAUGAUAUGAAAUACAAAUUUUAUAUAGGAUAUAAAAAAAUGUAUAUAAUUAUGAACUGAGAAAUGAAAAAGCAAUACAUGUUUAUGACAACAAAUUUUUAAGAGACAGACAAGACUUUUUUAACUCUAUUUUUUUUACUUCACUCUCAAAAUCAUUUUAAUUUUUAUGUGUUUUGCACAUAAUGUAUCUUUUUGUCAUACCUCUAUGCAUCUGUCCAAAAUAAUUUAGUAAUAAAAUGCAAUAAAAUUUUUGUAAUGAUAGUUAAGAAUUUCAUUAUUGAUGAUCAUAAUUUCCAUUAAAGUUAAAAAAUAUUAGUUUAUACUGCAUUAAGAAUUUGUUAGAAUGUAUCAAUUAAUUAAAUUGAGAUUCACUAGGUGCUAUAAUUUACCUCCUUUUUUGAAAUUUUUGAAUUUUAUUGCAUCUACCAUAUGCUUAGCAAUGCAUUUAAUUUUUUAAAAUUUUAUUAUAUAUAUAAAUUUGUGAAUUUCAGUUGACAUGAGCUAGUUGACAUUUUUAUUUUCUGUGAUUUUUUCCCCUCAGUCUCAGUAAGUACUAUUAACUACCUUUAUUUUCCUCUUUUUAUGCCUGUAAAGUAUUUAUAAAAAAUUUAUUUUCUGUUUAUUGAAACAAAAGGCAUUUCUCAUUUUUAGUGCAUGUUUCUAUGUACAUAAUUAUUGCACUUUAAACUAAAAAAGUAAAUUAAAUUUGAGUGUUAUAUGUUAUUCGUCUUAUAUUUUUCUCUUAUUUUAUGUUUUUAUUAAAGCUUUUAUUUGAUAGAUAACUCUAUGUUUCUUCAAGAUGUGUGAUAUCUGACCACUAGGUUGUGGCUCAUGGUUUAAAUUCAAAUUAGUUUUAUGUACCAUGACAAGUUAUUGUUCAGUUUUACUGAAUUGUUAUUCAAUGAGUGAGAGAUUUUAUAAUAAAGUUUGAAAGCCUAUGUGCAUUGCAUUUUUUUAAGCAAUUGUUUGUGACCUUUUUUUUUUUCUGAUUUAAUAAUGAGCUUCAACUGAGAGGAACCUCUGUUUUUAUAACUUUAUGUUGAUUAAUACAUGGAUUGUAUUUUUUGUUUGUAAGCUUUUGUAUGCAUAUUUUUAAAGUAAAGAAUUCUAUUUAAAAGGGGGGGGGAUAUAAAAUAUAACCACUUUUUUUUUUUGUACAGUUCUGUCUACAAUGUAUGGUGUCAUACCAAUUAUAUUUUUCUGAAGGCAGUAUUAUUCUUUUUGUAAAUAUGCAACUAAACUUAAUAAUGUUCUGCUGAGAAUAACAAUGAAAAUAUUGAAAGACUGAAUUUUAUUAUAUGGACUUGUUUGUUAAAUAUAAAAGUUGUAGAAGUUUGCUUUGGUUUAUGAUUCUAUUUUCUAUUGGAGAAAUGGAGUGAAUAGAAACAGUUUUCAUUUUCAGUUUAAGAAAAAUGGAAAGCAUUUUUAAAAAAAUAUUUAUGAUUUAUAGUUGUGAGUUUUAUUUUUAUUUGAAGUUUAUAAUAAUCUUUAGGUCUCUACUAUUUUAUGUUUAAAGCAGCAGUAAUAAAUAAAAAUAACAUUUGUAAUGGUUCCUCAAAUAAACAACUGUGGAAGUCUCAUUAUUUUCUAUUUCUUAUUUUGCCAAGUUAGUAGUGAAUUUCUUUAUUAAUUUCAUGGUGUAUUAACUCUGUUUGAUUGGCAAAAAUUUAUCAAAAAUGCUCUUUUAUUUGAAUUUACAAACUGUUUUGGCUGUAGUUAUAAAAUUUUUCUUAAUUCUGCUGAUCUGACGAAUGACUCCUCAUUUGUUAAAAUAAAUUUAUUGAGUACUUAAAAAAAAAAAAAAAAAAAAAAAUCUGUUGCUAUCUUUUGAAUAACAAACUUUACUUUAAUUUAACUUUCCAUGUAUUGUGAUGUAAUCCACUAAGCUGAGAAAUAUGCAUGGUGGUUUUGAGUUAUCUAAUGCCAAAAAUAGCCUUUAGAUAUAUUUGAAUUUAUUAUACAGAUUCAAAGAUUAUUAGACUCCCUACAUUUAAUUAAAUUUGUUAGAUCUACACAUAUUAUUAGAUAUGGAAGCUCAAAAAGAUAUUUAACUCUCUUAAAAAGGAUAAAAUGUGUUUUUUUAAAAAUCAAAAUGUGUUUGAAUAUUUGCUAAUUCAACAUAUUUAUUACUUCUCUUUAGAUUAAAUAAAGAAAAUAGUUUUUUGAACUGUAUAAUGUUUAGGAGUAUUGGUUAUAUGUUUCUAUUCACCCCAAAAGCUCAAAAAUCAUAAAACUCAAAACAGGACUAAAUCAGAAUAUAUUUAAAUUGAAACUAUUAUUUGAUUAAGAUAUUGAAUGUUUAUUUUAUAGAUAGCAUAUAUAAAUAUCAGAAUUGAAUUUUAACAUUCAUAGGAUUGAUUUAUUUUCUCUUAUGUAAUAAUCCUUCAAUAUUUUUAAUAUCUCAAGCACUUUUUGUAUAAAUUUAUUCAUUUUAUUGUUUAAUUAAAGUGUUUAUGUUUUGCAUUUUUAGUCUGUUGUAUGUUUAGGUUUUCUUGCGGAGAAAAGAUUAUAUUGCCAAUCUAACAAAGCAUUAUUUAUCUGUUAGAUUUUUUUCAUUUGCUGAACCAAAAUAAUAAUGAUAAUAAUAAGUUGUUGGAAUUUCCAUUUAUUCUUAAUACAACUGGAUAGAACUUUUGUUUUAU